AUGUCUGACCCAAUCACAAUUAAUAUCAAAUCCUCCGGUGAUAAGAAGUACGAGGUGUCCAUUUCCCCAUCGGAAUUAAUUUCCGCGUUGAAGCAAGAAGUUGCCAAGGUUUCAGACGUUCCGGCCGAGACCCAGAGAUUGAUCUACUCCGGACGAGUCUUGAAGGAUGAGCAGACGGUUGAGUCCUACAAUAUCCAGAACGGCCACACCCUCCACUUGGUGGGCUCUAGAAAGACGGCAGCCCCUGCCGCCGCCCCUGCAGCAGCAACUCCGGAAUCCAAUAAUAUUCCGUCUGGGAUCGCUGCUGGCCAGGGGUUGAGCCCUUUAAAUGACCUUACCAGCGCCAGAUACGCCGGGUACGGUGCCCAAAUGCCUGAUGUAUCCCUGUUGCUCGACGCUUCUGGGGGUUUACCCUCGGAAGAUCAGCUAGAACAACUCAUAUCUGACCCUGCAUUUGGUUCAUCUAUGCAAAUGAUGUUGAACAACCCACAAAUGUUGGACAUGAUGAUCCAGCAGAACCCUAUGAUGCGUGGGAUGGACAGAGAACAGGUCAGAUCCAUGAUGUCGUCGCCGUUUGUGCAGAGCAUGUUGAGCAAUCCGCAGAUGAUGCGCAGCAUGAUGAGCAUGCAGAGAGGCGCUGGGGGUCCUGCUAGCUCCUUCCCCAUGCCAGGCAGCGCUACUGGGACUACCUCUACUGCAGGCGAAGCACCAGCCAACCCUUUCUCUGCCUUCUUGGGUGCUAACUCCGAUGCCGCCACCGGUGUUGGUGCUGGUGCCAACCCCUUUGACUUGUUACGUCAAAUGGGCGGUAUGGGUGGUAAUAGUACUAACGCCGGUGCUGCCAAUCCAUACGACUUGUUACAGCAGUUUGGUGGUAUGGGCGGUGCGCCAGCGCCAGUGGACGACACCCCGCCAGAGGUUAGAUACGAGGCACAGUUGAGACAGUUGAACGAUAUGGGCUUCUUUGAGUUUGAUAGCAAUGUGCAGGCUUUGAGAAGAAGCGGUGGCUCCGUCCAGGGCGCCAUUGAGCACUUGUUGAAUAACUAG